AUGCUGGCAAAAUCACAGUUCGGCCUGCUCAGGUCAUAUAAUGUCCUCCUUCAAUCCCAAAUCACACGAUGCUUCUCCACCACAUCACCCGCCAUGGACUGGCUAACGCCCAAAUUCGCCGAGAAAUCCAAAUCCCCCAAGGGUCGUCCCAAGAUGCACACCGGUGGUUCCAUGCGCGGCACAACCGUCGUGCACGGCGACUACGGUCUACGCAUGAAAGACCACGACCGCCGUGUCGCAGCCUCAUCACUCAAAAUCGGCGAAGACACAAUACGGAAAAGACUACGAGGGAUGAACUAUACAUUGUACAAACGCGUUAGUGCGAAUAUUGGUGUAUACACUUCAGGAAACGAAAUGCGUAUGGGUAAGGGAAAGGGUAAAUUCGAUUAUUGGGCGGCUAGGAUUCCGGUUAGUAGGAUUGUGUUUGAGAUUAAGGGAGAUAUUCAUGAGAAGAUUGCGAGGGAGGCGUUUCGAUUAGCGGCACAUAAAUUACCUGGAAUGUGGGAAUUCGUCAAGAAAGGCGAUCCGCCCGUCGUCGGAAUCACAAAAUUGGGAAAUGGAGUCACAUUGGAAAGUCUGAAACGAGCACGACGAGAAGUUCCCUUGGACGUGAAGAACAGCCUUAAUCCGCCCAAGACUGCAUCUACCAGCACGUCGCCCACUCAAUAA